AUGCCCUACCAGGAUACGCGAGAAGACCAAGAUCAAGACCGCCUACAACCAAUGGCCAAGGUACCAUCCGGAACAAGCGGCCCCGCAAGCGGCCCUAGGACCGGACGCCCGGACCAGGCUGAACUCGAGGAUCACACGACCAACGCUGGAUCCAGGUCAAUCCCAGGAGAACCAACCGAGCCGGAGCAGGUCCCCGACGAAGAAGAUCCAGAAGAGGCCUAA